AGUUGGGGGUGAAAGUCGGCACUACCACACAAGCGUCGUAGUAGGCUCGCAAAAGGGAGUUGGGUGUUGUGCGUGGAGAGUUGUGGUGUGUGUAGCAGGCCGUGAAUGUCACGGAAGCGGAAAGUGUUGGUGUAGUCUGCAGCAAAGUAGGCUGUGGGCCAAAGUGUGCGUGAUCGGUUCGUGGUGUGAGAGGAUUUACCCACCCACCGACGCAAUGUUUGCACAUGUGUGUGUGUGUGUGUUAGUGUGACGUAGUGCGAAUUGUGAAGAUAGGAUACAACUGCAAGUACGAAGAAAAUCAAGUUUAGGAGGAUUUUCAAACCUACCUGUUUCGAGGAUAAAAAUCGCAAACCAAUCAACCAGAAAUUUAUCUAAUUGAGGCACAUCAUCGCGGUUGGUCGAUUCCUCGGUUCCACCCUGAAGCAUUUCCACGAUCCGUCCUGUUGCUGGCGAGCAAUUUCCUUGCCGGAUCGUGCCCUGGUGCUCCAGCCGUUCAAUACCCCGAAGCCUUGCGGUGCCGUGUGCAACCGGUGUGGAAAAUCGGCGUCGCUUCUCCCUGCAAAACAGGGCGUGUCGUGUCGUCCCCGAAAGCCAUAAACCACCUACAAGAAGAUUAAAUCCUCGGACACAUAAUCCGUUUCGUACCACCCCCCUCCCCUUCUUAGGUUUCUGGUAUCUGGUGCAGUAGGUCCGGGCAACCCGAAGAAAACGACACGUGGGCACGUACAGCGAUAAGUCUUGGACGCGCGCGUGGAAAAUGGCCCACCCACCGUCACCACCACCCACUGCAACUACACUGCACCCAGGCGCAGAUCGUGGGUGUGGAGAAGAAGGAAAAUAAUUGAGUGAAAUAGUGGCGGCAGCAUUAAAGAAGGGGGUGGGAACAAAAAGAGAAAAAAGAAAAUCGAUUUUGGUUGCAAGUGCAGGAGCUCCCCCCGAAGAAGUGGUGCUUUUCACGUGCAAGGUUUUGGGCUGGCCGAGGUGGGUGGGAAAGUGUCUACCACCACGGUGCGGUUGCUAAAGAAAAAGCAAGAACAAAUGCGAUAAGGGCUUAAGGAAAAAAGAAAGAAUAAUUAAAGUGGAAAGCUACCCGAGUGUUCCACCAAACCCCUUCUAGUGAAACUCUACCCCCAGAGAGUGGCCAAAUGGCAAGCGUUGCUGAAGUGAAGAGUUCAUAAUCGGCCAACGGUUGACACACACUCACUCAACCCUUCGUGGUGUACCCUACUUAAGGAAGAAAAAAAAAUAGUGCGACAGCAACAAAAACCAGUGCAAAGUGUUUUCCGGCACGAGGCACAAAACCUCCAAAGUGCAAAAAGAAAAAGUGAAUCCCCAACAGCUGCACCAGGAACCGAGGCAAGAUAUUGUCGUGACAGGGAAGAUUUACCGGAUCAAAUAACUUGCGCGAUCGGAUGCAGCCAUGAACCAUCGCCGGAAGGACGGCUAAAAAGCACGUCACCGACAAAAGGAUUAGAGUGUUGUUCCCUCGAGGGUUGGAGAAAGCUUUUUAAAACUGGGAAGCUUUUUUCUCUCUCUCCACCAAAGGGGCGCUGCGUUCGAAGAUCGUUCUCGUCCUCAGAUGCAAUGACCAAUCUGCGGAAGUAACGUGCCAGCGCUCGCAACACUUCUGAGAAGCCCCAGCCCCACCCCUCCGGCAAGGCAUGCAGUUGAACGGCAACACGACGGUCACGAUGGCCGCCUCGUCGGAACCGCCCGAGCCCCCGCCCCGCAAUCCGGACAAGAUCAAUGCAUCACUCAAGCAGCUGACCGAUGCGAAAACCCGUUCACUGGACACGGCAGAUAAGACGGCCGCCCCGCCCGUCACCGGUGUCCGCACGUUCCGGCCGAUCCUGUCGCUGGACAAUGCCAAACCCCUGCCGAAAGCGUUCGAAUCGGCCGGAACGCCCACGUCCGCCCCGGCCACGACCUUCAUCGGGGGCAAUAAAUCCAACAACAGUAGCAGCGAUUCCAGCACAACGCCGAGCGGGCCCGGUCCCAGUACCAGCAGCAGUAGCAACGAAAACAAUGCCGCGCGGACGUCCUCCAACGAGGUGGCAGCGUCGGCGGGCGGAAGCGCAACGAGUCCACCGGGGCCGGAAGAAUCAAUUGGCUCGAAAUUAAACUCUGGCAGCCAACAACCUGCGCAAACAUCGCCCACCCAGAGUGAACGCAGCAGUACCGGCAGUAAGGAUCAGAGCGGAGAUAACGCGGGGGACAACCUGUUCAAAAAUGGCGUCAAGGAUUUGGCGUCGCCUCAAACGACCAAGAUCCGGCACGAGAACGAGCGGCUGACGGCGGAGAUCACGCGGCUGAAAAAGCUGCUCGCCAACUCGCCGGACGGGGCCGUCGGCGGCGUCGACCCGCUGCUGUCCGACAGCAACAGCUUCGACGCGCACUCGACCGACGACAGUGGCGGCCGGGUCGAGAAGCUCGAGAACGAGCUGCGGAUAUCGAAGGAGCUGAUUCAGAGUCUCAAGCUGGAGCGCAAAAAGCUCCGUUCGGACAAGUCCGACCUGCUGUCCCAGGUGAAGCAGCUGUGCGCGUCGCUCCAGGACAAGGAGCAAGAACUGAGGAAUUUCAUCCGUAACUUCGAGCAACGAAUACGGGAAACGGAGGUGAGCAGCGCCAAGCACAACUCGGAGCGGGAACGCGAGCGGUGGUCCCUGCUGAAGCACGCCCGUGACGAGGCGGAACGUUCGAUCGCGCUGGCGGCCCAGCUGAACGCCCGCGACAUCCAGCUGCAGCGAACCCAGGAACAGCUGCAGGAAGCGCGGCGGCAACUGUCCGGUUGUAUGUCCGACCAGGAAAGCUUGGUAUCGGCGGCUCCGUUGACGCCACCGUCGGGACACUUGAACCACACUCAAACGGCUACUGGGGGAUACUCCAACAUCAGCGGAACUCCUGGCGAUCGUGGUUCGUGUAGUGCCGAUUCCGGUGUUAGAGAGCUUAUUGCAGGAAGCAGCGAUCGGGAGAGCGCCGCUGGAGAUCUGAACCUCAGUGACGGGCCCUGCGAGAACGGACCCUGCAUACAGGUUGACUCGGACAGUGUGUCGCUGGUGUCCAGCCACCACAACAUGUACCAAUACGGAACACCGAAGGAACGAAGUCCGACGCUUUCGCCGUUGAACGCCGGGGCCUACUCGCGAUCAGUUGAUACGACCGCACUUUCCAACUCCUUCCGUUCUGUUGAUCAGCUGGGUUCCCCAAUCGAGAACGAGAACCAAACCUUUGCCAGAAGACUGCAGCAGCAACAAUCUCAAUCAUCGCAAUCAUCCAAGACUGGCGCUGCCGGUGCCGUUGGUGGUGCCGGAACAAGCCUAACGGGCCGUACAGGCCGUGGCGGAACCUGGGGCAGUAUAUCGCGGGUGUUUGCCCGCAACCGGAACCGCAACAAGAGCAACCCGGUGGCGGAAACCGAACCCACCGACUUCCAGUGGAGUCCGCUGACCGAGGAAGGCUACGCGGAAAAGCUACGACUGCUGCGGGAAGCCUCCUCGAUGCCGAUGGAACGUUGGAGGGCUUCCCAGGUGCUGGCCUGGCUGGAGGUUGCCCUCGGUAUGCCCCAGUACAGUGCACGAUGCGCCGAAAACGUCAAGAGCGGCAAGGUCCUGCUCGAACUGAGCGAUGCCGAACUGGAAAGCGGCCUCGGCACGAGCCAUCCGAUGCAUCGGAAGAAGCUGCGGCUGGCCAUCGAAGAGCAACGCCGUCCGGAGCUGGUCCGGUAUCCGACCAUUGGGCAGCUGGGUCACACCUGGGUCGCCUCCGAGUGGCUUCCGGACAUUGGUCUUCCACAGUACGGGGAAUCGUUCAUGCACUCGCUGGUGGACGCCCGCAUGUUGGACACCCUCUCGAAGAAGGAGCUGGAAAAGUAUCUCGGCGUGACGCGCAAGUUCCACCAGGCCAGCAUCGUACACGGAAUCCACGUGCUCCGGAUAAUGAAGUACGACCGGCAGUCGCUGGCCAUGCGGCGGCUCCAGUCGGAGAACGUCGACACCGAUCCGAUCGUGUGGACGAACCAGCGGUUCAUCCGCUGGGCGCGCUCCAUCGAUCUGGGCGAGUACGCUGACAACUUGAAAGAUAGCGGCGUUCACGGCGGCCUGGUGGUUCUGGAGCCGUCCUUCUCCGGCGACACGAUGGCCACGGCACUCGGCAUUCCUCCCUCGAAGAACAUCAUCCGGCGCCAUCUGGCGACGGAAUUCGAAACGCUCAUCCUUCCAGCAAGGGCCACUCUGGGCCAGGGGAUACGAACCGGCGGCGGCACCGUGGUCCCAAUCGCCAGCGGAAUCGGCAUGAUACCGAUGCCCGGAGAUCGACGCAAUACCGGCAGCUUGCGGUUUUCCGCCUGGAAAGGAUCACAGGGAUCCCUCACAAAAGCAUUCCGGAUAAGUUCCGGGUACAAGCCACGAGCGGGAGGCAGUGGCACCAGCAACGGCGGCGGCUCCGACAAAAACAGCGUCUACAGCUCGACAUCCCCGACGCCGUCGUACAGCAGCAGCGAGGGCGGAAUCUACGCCGCGGUCGGCUUCCAUCAGCUGCAUGGCCACCUCCCGCACCACCAUCUGCCUCCGCCCACGACGGCCCCUCCCCCCGUGCCAUCGUCCGGCGGUGGAAGCGGUGGCGUUCCCAGCCCACUGGCCACCGCCGACCAGAGGGCCAACUACCGGGUCAGCGCACCACCCAUGGACGGGUCCUCGUCGUCGUCCUCGAUGGCAACCCUGCCCAAGUACGGUUCGCAGCAUCGGCGCGUCAAAAGCAUCAGCGACAUCGAGGUGGCCGCAGCCGUUGGGUCCGGCUAAUUCUCGCUCUCUCUCUCUAAUCACACGCGAUUUCAUCUCAUCACACCACCACAAAGCGUAUCGAUGGCAGCUGCAGUGGCGGUUGCAUAAAUACAGGUGCACAUAGAGGAACCGCGCCAUCUGUUGGCGAAAGAAUAAUGGGGUUGGGAAGAGAACCUCAGUCGAAUGGAUCAUAGACAAAUAACAUGCAUUUAAUUAUUAAAGUCGUCCAAUGUUUUGAUUCAUUGAAAAAUUAGUAUUUAGUUUUAGUUUUUUGACUAAUGAUAUUUUUUGAUCUUUAUUCCAAACAUUAUUUAGUAUUUAUUAAAUUGAGAUGUUUUUUAUUUCUUCUAAAACAUGAGUUUUGAAAGAAUGAGAAAAAUACAGUUGGUUGUCUGUGAUCCAUUGCGGAAAAUAGAAAAAAAAAACCCAUUCAAUUGUCGUAUCAAAACUGAAAUCAAUUGUAAACCAAAAAUCACGCCCCAUGUACAACCGCAGAUUAACUAUGAAGCAGAGAAUUAUUUUUUUUAUGUUUGGUUUUGCGGUUAUCAAUGAAACUCAGUUCGCACGUGACUUUUACCUUGAUCACUAAAAAUAAACCACAAAGAGCUGUGGCCCUUCCACCUUGUUUUCAAUGUUUGGUUCACAUUGUGAUUUGAAUAGUUCUACCCCGUAUAAAUUUCGAUUUUAAAAAGUAAGCAUUCAAACUAGACCAUUCCACAAAGCCACCGUCAAAACAGUAGAAGAGUCAACAUAUCACCUCGACCACUUUCCAAAGAAACCCGUACAUUCCACAGCUGUAAUUCCACUGAACCGAACAACAUAAACCGUAACCAAAGCUUGUGUAAACGAUCUUACAAUAACUGUUAGUAAAAACAAAACAAAAAAAAACUAUAAACCAAAGCCGAUCGCAAUGCGCCAACAGGCGCCCCAGAGUGAGAGCAUUGUUCCAGUCAUCACAAAAUAUAUUCUUGUAAAACCGUACUGUUUGUAUUUAGUAGCAACCCAGAGUCGACGGCGCAAAACCAACUACUCAACAAGAAAAAAAAGAAGAGAUAAUCAAGUGCAUGUGGAAUAUUGAUAUUGAUAUCGGAAUUUCUGUCUAAUACUGCACAGGCUCAACACUGGCACAGCAAAGCGAAGUGAUUUAUUAUAAUCAGUAUCUGAUAGGGAAAUUGUUUAAUUCAAUAAAGUUAGGAAAGCAGCUGCAACUAAGAGAUAUUAACUAUAUAUAUUUAAACGAUAAAUUCGAGCACUCAAACGAUAGAUUGAAACGCAAGAAAAAACAAGUCGCAAAACUAUUUAUAACUACGCUAUGUUAGAAUAACUUGUCGUAACUGUAGUACUGAUGACAGAUAUGUAAAAAAAAACUGCAAGAUAUUACAUUUCUUAUCUGAUGGUCAAACUAAUGCAAUGAAAUAUAAUAAAAUAUUUGUAUUUAUUCUGGAAA